ACACGGAUGCAGAGCCUGCAGCCUGACCCCAAGGCCCAGUACCGGAGUGUGUAUGAAGCCCUUAAAAAGAUGAUCCUGACUGAAGGUUUCUGGAGGCCUUUACGUGGUAUCAAUGUCACCAUGCUGGGGGCUGGCCCUGCCCAUGCCAUGUACUUCGCUUGCUAUGAGAAAAUGAAAAAGUCUCUCAGUGAUACCAUCCAACAUGGAGGAAACAGCCACUUGGCCAAUGGUAUAGCUGGGAGCGUGGCCACGUUGCUCCAUGAUGCAGUGAUGAAUCCAGCUGAAGUGGUGAAGCAGCGGAUGCAGAUGUUCAACUCCCCCUACAAAUCCGUCUGGCAGUGUGUGAGGACAGUGCAGAAAACGGAAGGCUUUGGUGCCUUCUACCGCAGCUACACCACCCAGCUCACCAUGAACAUCCCCUUCCAGGCCAUCCACUUCAUCACCUACGAGUUCAUGCAGGAGAGGGUGAACCCACGCAGGGAGUACCACCCGCUAUCCCACGUCUGCUCGGGGGCCGUAGCGGGGGCUGUGGCUGCUGCUGCCACCACCCCAUUGGACGUCUGCAAGACCUUGCUCAACACCCAAGAAAACACAGCGUUGAGUUCACUUAACAUCACUGGGCACCUCUCAGGCAUGGCCAAUGCCUUUAGGACUGUCUAUCAGCUGGGGGGCAUCGCGGGGUAUUUCCGAGGGGUACAAGCACGUGUCAUCUACCAGAUCCCUUCAACAGCCAUCGCGUGGUCGGUGUAUGAGUUCUUUAAGUACUUUCUCACAAAGCACAAGCUGGAAAAGAGAACAUCCCUUUGAAGGACGUAAUAUGCCCUCUACAUGUGCCACUAACACACCAGGUCCUUGGGGAAGAUAGGGGGGAUCACAGCUGACACCACUUUCCUGUGGUCCUCAGCCACGUGUUCCCCUCGUUGCUUAAACAAUAGUUUAUGAAAUACUUAUAAUAAUAUAUAUAUUUAAUAACUUUAUUUUGGAGAGCCGAAAUAAUUGAUUUUUUUUUUCUCUAAGCUUGAAGUUGUAGUUUACUCCUUACCAGAAAUCCUAGGUUAUAUAACCUAGGCUGUUUGUUUGGUUUUUUUUUACAGCAGAAUACCCUAUCAUAGAACUUUUAUAUAAAAUAUUAAAUAGUUGGAUAAUGUUUAUCCUUUAUUUUUCUAUAUAGGUAUUUGUUUUUGGGGUGUUUGUUUGUUAUUUUUAAUACAACUACAGCUAGAUGCUGAGCUGCUUAAAAAGGGCUAAAUUCUUCCCUCACGUGCAAGGAAGACAUGAAAGCAUUUAUUUUUAUAGCCAGAUUGGCUUUAAUUACACAGCAUUUAGUCCCCAGGCAGUGGUAUUAUAUGAGUGUUGAGGGACUUAGGAAACCCUGGAGUCUUUCUGGGGGCUGGGGGAGAAGGAAUGGGGACACCCCUAUGGGAGACUGAAGGACACCAGGAGGGGCACCCCACAAAAUACCUUGGGAUGGGGAAAAAAAAAGCCAAUUUUUUUUAACAAGGAGACUCUUAAAGAUGUAGAAUUUAAAGGAAGAGUAUUUUUCAGACGCUUUUCUAAUGGUACAUUUUUAUGGUGUGUGAUAGCUGGAACUGGCUUUGCUCCUCCUCUCUUAACUUAUUUGUAUGUUUCUAUCACUGAAGCCCUGAUUCUGCUCAAAGGAGGGUGGCUUUGGAUUUGCUGCUGCAGAAUGCUGGGGUUUGUGUUCAGCAAUGUUAUGCCUGCUCUGAAGGGGAUCUGCCUUAUUGCUCCUGCUGGGAAUGGCUCUUCCCAACACAUCCUUUGUAGAAAUGCUCAUUAUUGGAGUAAGACCCUUGUAUGGGGGUAGAGAGCCCCCAGAUUCCCCCUUUGAGAGGACAGGUCUACUCCAGUUGGCUUCUCAACUUGGUGUCUUGCCUUGCAGAGAGUGGGGCUUUUUUUUAGUGCUGUCCUUUGGGUCGUUUUUGAUGACAAAUUUGAUUGAUUUUGGGGUUUGGAGGACACCAUUUGUCAGGUCUUGAUUGUACAUGGGGAAACCUUGAUUGUUUAUGGAGCUCACCCUGCUGUGAGCAGCUGAUGAUUGGGGCUGGUCCCAUCCCCUCACCACUGUGACACUGGCAGCUUCUGCUCUGCCAUGGGUGUAUCUUCAGAUACAUUUGGACUGGCAAACAUCAGCCAGGAUGACACUAAACAGAGCCAAACCUUCCGCUCCGUUAUUUGGAGAAGCUGGGCGGUGCUGCAUGUGCCUUGUGUAAUUACAAUUAGCUCUGUGCCAAUGAUGCAAGGAGGUCCUCGAUGCCUUUUUGUCACUUAAGCUGAGCGAAUCACUGUGUUGAAUGAAUCCUUUGUCUUGAAGUGCAAAACUUAACCUCGAUUUGCAGGGUUUUUCUGGAGAAAGCUUCCAGCUCUUGUGCACACCAUGGUCCUUCAGGCUGGAGAUGCUCCAGCCAGCUGUUGGGUUUGGAUGUUUUUUGGUUCUUUUCUUCCAUUUCUGUUGACUUGAGAAACUGGAGAGUCACUAACAGGAACCAGAACUGCAUGAACGUUGUCCAUUGGAGAUGGGUGGGUGAUAAUCUAGGGUCACUUUAUUGCUAUUGUUGCAUAAUGUGGAGGUUAACAGCUCUUUUGGUGCAGCUUUAGGUGGCUCAGCCCACAGCCCUUGAUGCAUCGUCCUCUUUGCUUUGCUUUACAUCACUGUGGCUUUUCUGCACUUGGAGAGAGUUGUGGGUCAGGACACAGAGGCUGAGCUCGUUGCAUUGGUUGUGUGCUGAGCAUCCCAAAAUGAGCACCCCAUCUCUGUCCAGAAAAUUCAUGCAUGUCUGGUUGCCUCCCAAGUGCUGAGCAACCAGGUUGUGCUGCUGAGAGCAAGGAACACUUGAUUGUUCAUAGAUCUCUGCAGAUCACCUCGGGUAUUGGGUAAAACCAAUUGAAAAUGGGACAGCUGUGCCCAAAUGGUCUAAAAAUUGCAGAAAUUUAAUGGGUUUCUUGCUGGAUCCCUGCAUUAGAGCCCCACCACCAAAGCUCUUCAUCUCUCCUUGUGUUGUUUGAAAGUUUCGCUGCGAGUCUGAAGUUUUAUUUUAACCUGGUAUGUGAAUCGUGUACUGCUGCUUUAUCUGCAACAAACGCACAUGUAUUUAAGGGAGGAUGAGAAACUUUGUCUGCAGUUUUGUUGUUGGUAUUAUUUUUUUGUUUGGUUGUUUGGUUUUUUGUUUUUUGGCCUGCCUUGGAAUUUAAUGUGUUCUCUCGAUGUAUAUUUAACAUUGCAGGAGUUCGUCUGUGAGAUGCUGCUACAGUUGUGUCACUGGAACUCAAGGAAAUAAUAAAAUAUAUAUAUAUAUAAUAUA